ACAAAUAUUGACUGGAGCUGCGAGUCGAUCAGUUCAGUGGAGUUUAACCUGCAGUUUUCAGGCUCUCUGCAGAAGGACGACCGUCUGCGGCGCUCUCCGUGUGCUUCUUUUAUUUUUUUAUGUGUGUUUGAGCCCACAGGCCUGGAAACAUGAGGCGUCUGCUGCUGCUGCUCCCGGGCCUCCUGGGGCUCCUGGGGCUCCUGGGGCUCCAACAGGGCCGCUGCUUCGAGUUUGUCAUUGAUGGAGAAUGGGAGGAGGAGAGGUCACACGUGCAGGACCACCGGCUGAGACACAAGAGAGCGAUAUUGACCAGCGAGGAGCAGGAAGACUUUGAGGCGAUCCGCGGAGAUGACAUCACCGUCAGGAGCUACAAGGUGGAGAGCCGCAUCACGUCGCGUUUCGCUCACACCACCGUCAGGAGCUCGGUGAUCAACUCGGGCUCCAAAGCUCAGAGCAUCGGCUUCAACGUCCAGAUCCCCAAACGAGCCUUCAUCACCAACUUCACCAUGAAUGUAAACGGGAUCAUUUUCGUGGGCUCGGUGAAGGAGAAGACGGUGGCGAGGAACCUGUACGCUCAGGCGCGAGCCAGAGGCAAGGCAGCGGGCAUCGUCAGGGCGAACUCACAGGACUUGGAGACAUUUAAGACAGAAGUCCACGUCCCUCCCGGCAGCAACAUCGAGUUUGAGCUCCACUACCAGGAGAUGAUGCAGCGGAGGCUGGGCUUCUACGAGCACUCGCUGUACCUGCAGCCCGGCAGGCUCGUGCCACAGUUCCAGGUGGACGUGUACAUCUUUGAGCCGAAGGGGAUCUCCAUGGUGCAGACGCCGGACACCCUCGGGGAGCAGUUUGGAGGGCAGAUCAAAGUCACGUCUUCCAAAGACAAAGCUCAUAUUGUCUUCAAGCCGAACCUCCAGCAGCAGAGGAAGUGUGACAACUGCACGGGCAGCGCCAUCGACGGCGUCUUCACCGUCAGAUAUGAUGUGAACCGAGACAGCAACGCCGGGGAGCUCCAGGUGUCAGACGGCCACUUUGUGCAGUUCUUCGCUCCCUCCAACCUCUCGCCUCUUCCUAAAAACAUCGUGUUCGUCAUCGACGUCAGCGGAUCCAUGUGGGGAGUCAAGAUGAAGCAGACGGUGGAGGCGAUGCAGGCCAUUUUGGACGACCUCACUAUCGACGACCACUUCAGCAUCAUCGACUUCAACCACAACGUGCGCUGCUGGAGCGAGGAGCUGGUCCCCGCCUCGUCCAUCCAGAUCGGCGACGCCAAGAAAUACAUCCAGAACAUCAAACCCAACGGAGGCACCAACAUCAACGAGGCUCUGAUGAGAGCGGUGCAGAUGCUGGUGAGGGCGUCCAAUCAGGGGCUGAUCGACCCUCGCUCCGUCUCCAUGAUCAUCCUGGUGUCUGACGGAGACCCCACUGUGGGAGAGAUUAAGCUGAGCACCAUCCAGAAGAACGUGAAGCGAGUGAUGAGGGAGGAGUUCUCUCUCUUCUCGCUCGGCAUCGGCUUCGACGUGGACUACGACUUCCUGGAGCGGAUCGCCAUGGAGAACAGGGGCAUGGCUCAGAGGAUCUACGCCAACCACGACGCCGCCGAGCAGCUGCGGACGUUUUACAGCCAGGUGUCCUCCCCCCUGCUGAGGAGGAUCACGGUCCAGUUCCCGGAGGACUCGGUCUCUGACGUCACUCAGAACCGUUUUGAUAAGUUCUUCAGCGGCUCUGAGCUGGUGGUGGCGGGAAAAGUGCUGCCGUCAGACAGCGACACGCUGACCAGCUUCACCACCGCGUCCACCGCCCGUCUGGACAUCACCCUGGAGACGGAGGGGGACAUGGCGGAGCUGGACACGGAGCUGGCCAAACAGCAGCACUCCUUCACGGGCUUCGCCAGACAGCUGUGGGCGUACAUCACCAUCAAACAGCUGAUCGCCGAGAGGUCUUUGGCUCCGACCGCUGCCAAAAAGAGGAAGAUCACCCAGCGGAUCAUGGCGCUGGCCGUGGAGCACCAGUUCGUCACACCGCUCACCGCUCUGCUGGUGGAGAGCGAGGACGCCAAAGAGAGGCUGCUGGCCGACUCCCCGAAGGACCCCAAACACGGCUGCUGCUCAGGUAUGGGAGGACUAGGAGGAGGAGGCUCAUCGUCUAACGGUCUGGCUCCGGUGCGAGUCCUCUACCAGCCUCCCCCCUGGGUCCAGAUGACCACCACGGCGCCCCCGAGCCAGGCGGCGAAGGGUCCGGAGGAGUGGGCCCUUCCUCAACAGGUCAACCUAGUGGAUAACGACCCUCACUUCAUCGUCCACCUGCCCAGAAGCAACAUGGACGUCUGCUUCAACGUCGACUCCACACCCGGUCACAUCCUCAACCUGCUGUCGGACUCGGGAACAGGUUUGGCGGUAAACGGGAGGCUCGUCGGCUCCAAGCAGCCGCACAAAAGCAAACUCAGCACUUACUUUGGCGCCAUCUCCGUGUACUACCAGCCUGACGGAGUCGCUGUGACCGUCAGCACCGACAGCAUCGCCGUGAGCGACAGCAGCAGCAACCACUCCUUCACCUGGGGGGCCACGGCGGACAUCACGCAGGACGGAGUGAGGAUCUCCAUCGUGAAAAACUCUCAUGUUUCCGUCAUAAUAAACAACAACAUCCAGGUGAUGGUGCUGCUGCACCGCGUGUGGAAGAAACAUCCCGUCAACGUCGACUUCCUCGGGAUCUACAUCCCCAACGAGAACCAGUACUCGCCUCUGGUCCACGGACUCAUCGGCCAGUUCUCCAGAGAGCCGGACGUGAGCGUGUAUGACGUGCACGAAGGACUCGACCCUCUGAAGAAGGAGGCCACCAUGGAGGUGAAGGGCAACAGGCUGCUCGUCACCAGGGGCUGGCAGAAGGACUACAGGCGCGAUAAGCGGCGCGGCUCCAACAUUUACUGCUGGUUCAUCCACAACAGCGGGAAAGGCUUCAUCGACGGCCACUACAGCGAUUACAUCGUCCCCGACCUCAACAGCUUCCUGCCGCCACUCUGAGCCGCCACGCACACGCCGGAGUCCACGCUUUCAAGUCCGUCACACCCGUUUAAAAAGAGUGAGGAAGACGUGUUUUUGUUCCCACGGGUGUUUGUGUGC